ACGGGUCAAUGGCUGGACUUGGUGAUCUUAGAGGUCUUUUCCAAGCUUAAUAAUCCUAUGAUUGGGCAUGGUGGGGAUAGGUUGAUGGUUGGACUGAAUGAUCUUAGAGGUCUUUUCCAACCUUAAUGAUUCUAUGAUUCUAUGGGCAUGAUGAGGAUGGGUCAACGGUUGGACUUGGUGGCCUUGGAGGUCUUUUCCAACCUUAAUAAUCUUAUGAUUCUAUGAGUGGGCACGGUGGGGAUGGGUUGAUGGUUGGACUGAAUGAUCUUAGAGAUCUUUUCCAACCUUACUGAUUCUCUGAUUCUCUUCCAGAAUGCAAGAUUCACCUCUGAAGGGAGGCUUGUGUCCUGCUUAAACUUGUUUAAACUCACUGACAUUUUCAACCUGACGCAUUUUGGUUUUUUGCCUCCCAGGGGCCAAGCUCUCUGGAAACCACGGUCCCGUGUUGCCCCUCCCACUGAAAACAACUUAUCCCUCCCUGUACAGGAGGGGAAUAGUGUGACGUUGGCUCUGACCAGCAAUGCUUUGUCAGCUGGGAAAAUCCCAGUGCAAGCUGAGCUCUGUGUGUGCAGACAGGAGGAGGCACUGGCAGCGUGGCUGCAGCUGCACGGUUACGCAGGAUGCGGCCCCGUGAUGCCUGGUGUUGGGUGGCCAUGCUGCUGCUCGUCCUGUUCAGCAACACUGCUGGUGGCCGACGUGGAGCUGGAGGAAGAGCUGGGGGACGAGGAGGAGGAGGAGGAGGUGGAGGGGCAGGAGGGCUACGCGGGGGCUUUCGGUCCAUCUCCCGUGGAGGGAACACCGCAGGCCGAGGCUCCAAGAUGGCAAGUGCCAUCGCAGCUGGUGCUGCUGCAGGAUACGGGAUGGGGCUCCUGGGGCGCCCGCGACCCUCCCGCCUUGGUCAUGGCCCCCCGGCCCAACGGCAGCCCCCACCAGCUGGGGGGUUCCACGCUGCAGGCUGGCCGGACCUGGGGGCCAAGCGGGGGCCCCCCAGCCGAGCCCCCAGGGGACCGUGCGGUGGCAUUGUCCCCACUCUACUGCUGGCAAACGCCAUCUGCUUUGUCAACCAUGGGAUGUAACACCGAGAAUUGAUGUGGGGAGGGGGCACAGCACCCUCCAAGAUGAAACCAUGGGCGUUUGGUCACGUGCGGCUGUGCUGGGAGGUGGGAUGGGGAUUGGGGAGGGGGGAAAUGCUCUGCUGCUGUCUCGAUUCCUUUGGACCCUCCGCCAGCAGCCAUCCCCAUGCUCAUGGCAACCUUGGGAUCCUGCAAACCCAUCGAGCACACAAAGAAACAAAUACUUGCAAGGAAACUUCAGUAUUUCUACCCACACACUGGGCAGACACAUCUGGAUCGACCCCACCAGCCUCGGUGCUUGGCUCUGGUUUUGCAUGGCGUGGCAAAACCAGGAAAGAUGUUGAGAAAAGAUGUUCCUUUCCCCAAAGAAGAGCACUGGGACUCUGUUGGGGACAUGGGUCUCCAAAGUGGACCCCUCCAACUUGCAAUAAAGUUUGGUUUGGAGACAGCCUCUUGCUCCAGUUUGCA